AUGUGGUGUAACAAAGCAGAACAGUAUUCCUGCAUGCAGCUGCUCACAAAGAGAGUCUUCCCUCAAAUAUUUCAAAUAUUUUGGAAUUGAACCUCGCCCACCUCUAUCUGACAGCAAGGAACACACUUUGUACUAGAAUUUCUUCACAGACUUGAAGCAAAAAAAAAAAUCCUGGUCCUACCUUGGAGCCCAGGGAUUGAUCAUGACUCCAGUGCUGGGCAUAGCCCUGCUGACUUUGGUCCUAUCAGGGCCCACCGUGGCUUUUCUCUCCAUCCAGGGUGGGGCAUCCACUCAUAUCAGCAUUACAAGAACGGCUCUAUUGCAAAAAGUGACAGAGACAUGUCAGAAAGUGGCUGCGACAGCUCGUCAUGAGUUCAAUCCCACGGGUUCGUCUCCUGAAGAGCUGGUCCAGGCCUGUCUGGGACCCACAGCAACAGGAGAAGUGUCUGGUGCCAAGUUUCACUCCGCUCUUCAAGAAAUCUACACCCAGAACGGACUGGUAGACCGUGACUUUGUCAACAGUGCUCCACACCACUUCAACUCAGAGGCCUUUCUGGAAGGACGUGGCCUAAUCAGAGAGGGCAUGGCGGCCAUUAAAGCUAACAUUGGCAAAGAGAACUUCCAGGCUGCCAGGGAAACACUGGGCAGAGUCCUUCAUACACUACAGGACUUCUAUAGCCACAGUAACUGGGUGGAGCUGGGAUACACAGAGCCAUACAUCAACCUCAUACGCCCAGACCUUCCUCUGGAAAAUCUGGCAGAUAUCUACACUGCCACCUGCAGUGACUGUGCCAGUGGAAAAUGCCCCAAUCCCAUCCUCCCCAACAUCCUGAAGGAAAAGAAACUCACAUCAGGCUACAUGGGAAUCUUCUCUGCUGCCAAGCCUAAAGGCUGUGUUGGACAGCAGUGUGGAGCCAGGGAAACCUUCCAGGCUUCCUUUCAGUGUCAUGACGCCAAGGCCUCUGGUGGUCAAUACUCCAUUGGCGCCAGAAAUUGA